AUGGCUAAAAAUUGUUCCGAUCGUUAUAAUAAAAUAACGCGCAUUACGCGAAUGAUGGCCGCUGUGUGCGGAGCUGAUAUAGUCGAUCCAAAUUUUAGAAUGUCCUUGUUGACAUGGACCGUGAUAUUUGCCAUUAAUGCAUUUUUUUGCUGUACAAUUUAUACCAUUUAUAUUGGAUUGGUUGUAGAAGGUGACUGGAAAUUAAUGUUGCAGACACUUAGUCUAGUGGGAAGUGCAGCACAGGGAUACAGUAAAUUGCUUGUGGCUCUUUUUCGUCGUUGGGAUAUGGUUUCUAUGAAUGGAAAGCUGUUAAACAUUUACCUGGAUUAUGAAAACGACAAGGACUUUUGUACGAUUUUAUCGACUCGCAUUGAUAUGAUAAUUAAAAUUUUCAAAUUUGUUUUACUGAUUUAUAUUAUUGUCGUAUCCAUCAUUGUUUUGUAUCCUCUUAUUUAUGGAAUGUUGUAUGGCGAGAAAUUGUUUGUUAUGCAGUUUUUAUUACCCGGCAUAGAUCCAUUAACGCAUUUCGGUUAUGUGGUGCAUAAUGUUGUGCAUGUUUUUCUUUUGUGUUUGGGAGGUUUUGGAAAUUUUGCCGGUGACAUGUAUAUUUUUAUAUUCAUUCUACACAUUCCCAUGUUGAAGGAUAUUUUAAGGAUUAAAUUUGAAAAAUUAAAUCGUAUAACUCUUCAAAAGCAGAAUUCUAGCAAAACGUUGCCACUUUUGAAGGAAAUUGUCGAAUGGCAUCAGAACUAUAAUAAAUUCGUUAAGCAAGUUGAAGGAACCUAUUAUAGUGUAAUAUUUGUUCAAAUUUCUACAUCGGUUGUGGGUAUAUGUUGCACCAUUUUUUCAAUUGUUAUACACAGUUGGCCAGCAGCUUUUGUCUAUUUAGCGUAUAGCGCAAUAAUGCUUUAUGCAUAUUGUGGACUUGGUCAUUUGGUUGAAAUUUCUAAUGACGAAGUAAUCGAUGUUAUUUAUGGUGAUUGUUUAUGGUAUGAAAUGUCUGUACAGGAACAGAAAUUAGUUCUACUAAUGUUACGAAAGUCCCAACGACCAACAACUUUGACAAUUGGUCAAAUUAUGCCUUUGUCUAUGAGUACGGCUCUGCAGUUAACAAAAGCAAUUUAUAGUUAUAUGAUGAUGCUGUUGAAUUUUUUGGAAUCGGACGAUAUGUAA